GGGGGACGGGGGUGGGGGUAGAGCAGUGCCCGGCCCUGGAGGUGGAGGCCGGGGGGGGGGGGGGGAGAGGAAGCGACACCCCAAAGCUUUGGUGGUACCUGGGUGGGGACCGGCCACCCUUCUGGGUUGGAGCUGGUGCCCACCCCCGCGUAGGGAGCAGCCGGGGGUCGACAGGGAGCUCAGGGCCCCGUGAGGAAGAGGAGAAUCUCUCGGCUUCCUCCUCCAUGGCGGCCACAGCGGUUAUAGGCGAUGGGGUCCCUUCGGGGGGCUCCAGCGGGCGGCUGAACCCGGUGGAGACGCUGCAGGAGGAAGCUAUUUGUGCCAUCUGCUUGGACUAUUUCGUGGACCCCGUUUCCAUCGGUUGCGGGCACAAUUUCUGCCGCGUCUGCAUCUCGCAGCUGUGGGGCGGCGAAGCCGAGUACGAGGUGGCCCCGGGGGCCGCGGCGGUGGGCGGCGGAGAGGUGGGGAUGGGCGACGUGCUGGAAGAGGAUCUGGAGGAUGAGGAGGAUGAGCUGGAUGAGGACGAGCUGGAUGUGGAGCAGGAGGAGGAGGAGGAGGACGGCGGUGCGGAGGAGGAGGAAGACGACAUGUGGAGCGAGGAAGAAGACGACACCGACCUGUGGGAAGAUCCCGUGGAGGAGGACAUGUGGGACGGUGGGGUUGGGGGAGAGCUUUACUUUGGGGACGAGGACUAUGACGAGGAUGUGAUGGAGGAAGAAGACGUGGAGGAAGAGGAGGAGGUGGAAGAGGAGGAAGAAGAGGUGCAAACGCCUCCUCCCCCUGUCCUGGCCACGCGGCCUCGACGCCUCCAGACCUUCACCUGCCCGCAAUGCCGAAAAACCUUUUUCCAGAGGAAUUUCCGACCCAACCUUCAGCUGGCCAACAUGGUGCAAAUCAUCCGCCAGCUGCACCCGCACCCCCAGCGCCUCGCACCGCCCGCUGCCGGUCCCUCGGUUUCGGGAGCCGCGGUGGGGGUCCCGGGGGUCCUGGUAGCGGUGGGGGGUCAGGGACCACCAAACUUGUGCGAGAAGCACCAGGAACCCCUCAAGCUUUUCUGCGAGGUGGACGAACAAGCCAUCUGCGUGGUGUGCAGGGAGUCGCGGAGCCACAAGCAUCACAGCGUCGUCCCUCUCGAGGAGGUCGUGCAGGAUUACAAGAACAAACUCCAGAGCCACCUGGAGCCGCUGAAGAAGAAGCUGGAUGCGGUCCUGAAGCAGAAAUCCAAUGAGGAGGAGAAGAUCACGGAGCUGAGGGACAAGAUGAAGCUGGAAAUCAAGGAAUUUGAGUCGGACUUUGAGCUGCUGCACCAGUUCCUCAUUGGGGAACAGGUCCUGCUCUUACACCAGCUGGAGGAACGCUAUGAGAGCUUGCUGGCCCGUCAGAGCAGCAACAUCAGCCAGCUGGAAGAGCAGAGCGCUGCCCUCAGCCGGCUCAUCGCCGAGGCGGAGGACAAGAGCAAGCAGGAUGGGCUGCAACUGCUUAAGGACAUCAAAGGCACUUUUAUCAGAUGCGAGAACAUCAAAUUCCAGGAGCCCGAGAUGGUGCCGGUGGACGUGGGGAAAAAAUAUCGCAACUACUUUCUGCAGGACGUGGUGAUGAGGAAGAUGGAGAAAGUCUUCAGUAAAGUCCCUCAAGCCGACGUGACCCUGGACCCCGACACAGCCCACCCUCGCCUGAGCCUCUCCCUGGACCGACGCAGCGUCAAACUGGGCGAACGACGCCAGGAUCUACCGGACAACCCCAAACGUUUCGAUUCGGAUUAUUGUGUGCUGGGUUCCCAGGGCUUCACCACCGGCCGUCAUUACUGGGAGGUAGAGGUGGGAGGCCGACGAGGUUGGGCGGUGGGCGCAGCCCGCGAAACAGCUCGUCGCAAAGAGAAGACGACGGGUCCUCACCAGAAACGAGAGAUUUGGUGCGUGGGCACCAACGGGAAGAAGUACCAGGCGUUGACGGCCACGGAGCAGACGGCCCUGUCGCCCAGCGAACGGCCCCGACGCUUCGGCGUCUACCUGGACUACGAGCGGGGUCAGCUCUGUUUCUACAACGCCGAAAGCAUGACCCACAUCCACACCUUCAACGCCUCCUUCCACGAGCGCAUCUUCCCGUUUUUUCGCAUUUUGGCCAAGGGCACCCGCAUCAAAAUUUGCGCCUGACUGGCAACUCCCUCGCCCUCCCUGCCGGUCACCUCUUCCUAUGCCGGAUCUGGCCUUGCACACAGCCACGCUCUUUUCCCCCCAGCCCCUGCCUCCCCUCAAUCCCUCGGAUCCCGGUUUUUGGGAUCCAACGCUGCACUUGUCGUCUUGUACCUGCUUGCUCACCCCAACCUCCUGCCAGCUCCUCCCCAGGAUCUCGCUGCCGUGCCGAUGAGAAGCCGGUUUGGUUUGGGACGGGGAUGGAGCCGCCUCAGAAGUGUUUUUCACUUUGGCUCCUGCUGCAAGGAGCUUCUCUCCCCCUUUUCCCAGUCGACACCUAAAGCUUUCCAGCUUUCCACUUGUUUUCCACCCACAGUUGAGUUUUGAGGUGCGUUUCGGCUCCCUUCAGACAGGGGGGUCCAUAUGUUGGGGGGGAGCGAGUGCUCUUGGCUUCUUGAAACUCCCGUCAGUCAUCUUCCCAAAAAUCAUCGGCUUUCGUAUCCCAGUUGCGCCAAGGUGCCUGCGAUCUCUUGGGAUUCACCUUUUGAGCAUUUUCAGACCCAAGUUGGGUGUUCGGACCUGGAGUCAGACCUGUUUUGACCUGCAAUCUGUUCUUUCCUCGCCUUCCCUCUCAUUUUUUUUUUUGUGGGGGUGGGGGGUGUCUCUGAUCUAACACCCCCCUCCCCGCCAUUCCCUUCGUAACCAUUAUCUUGUGGGCCUGGCACUUUAUUGGGGGCUGAGGAGGGUGCAAAGAGCUGGUCUCCUCCUCCAGAGCCGGAACGUCCCAGCCAUGGGGGUAGGAACUGGCCUCCUGUUUUCCCCUUGCAGCUUGAGAGCUCUCAGAGAUGGGGGUAUUUAUUUUCUCUUCCCUGCCCCCCCCCUUUAUUUUGUUUUCUCGGCUGCUGUUGAGUUUCCAGCUGAAUCCUGUCCCACUCGAGAGACUCUUGACCGCACCAGUUGUGUUUUAUUCUUCUUUUUGUUGGUGGAUUGGUAUUUUUUUUUUUUUCCUGUUGGCAUUACAGAGCUAGUUCAAAAUAUUUUUGGCUAAAAUGAGAAUUAAAUGGAGAUUUAGUUUUAUGAAAUGUUAAGAAAUAAUAAUAAAGAAUAAGGUUGUAAA